UGCGUGCGUGCGUGCGUGCGCGCGAUCUCACGGCUAUGUCCAGGGUGCGCUCUAAUAAUAGAGGUGGCCGCCUGCUCCUUUAAGAGCCUGACUUGUUGCUCACUCUUCACCGUAUUCUUUAUUAUAUUCAUAAUAAAAACUAUGGUGAUCAAGGUAUUUCUGGCGUCUUCGUCGGGAUCCACUGCGAUCAAGAAGAAGCAGCAGGACGUGGUUGGGUUCCUGGAGGCUCUGAAGGUGGACUACACUCAGCUGGACAUCGCCUGUAAUGAGGACAACCGCAUGUGGAUGAGGCAGAAUGUUCCAGAAGAAAAGAAGCCGGCCAAUGGAAUUCCUCUGCCUCCUCAGAUCUUCAACGAGGAGAGUUACUGUGGGGAUUACGACACGUUCUUCGAAGCCAAGGAAGAUAACACAGUCUACGCCUUCCUAGGACUGGCGCCACCACCUGGCUCAAAGGAAGCAGAACAGGCCGAUAAGAACAUUGUGGAAAAUGGAACCCACGCUGAAGAAGCAAACACGGAAGCAAACGUGGAAGAUUCCACAGAGGUUCCAGUGGAGGAGCGUAAUGGGAACGCACAUGCAGAGGAGGAGGAGGAGCAGAUAGAAGCAACAGCAGAUGAAGCUGUGGAAGGAGACGAGGCUCCUGCAGACACCACGGAGGAGCAGCAGGAGCAGCAGGAGGAGGAGGAGGAGGAGGAGGAGGCAGUGGAGGAGACAGAUGAGCAGGCUGAGGAGGGGGAGGAAGAGGGGGAGGAAGAGGGGGAGGAAGAGGAACAGGAACAGGAGGAAGAGGAGCUGCGGCAGCUCGAGGAAGAAGAAGAAGAAGGAGAAGAAGAAGAACAGGCUGAACAACAGGAGGAGGAGGAGGCGGAGUAGUCAACGCUCGGUGACGUGGAUGAUUUUUACUGCUCAGGUAAAAAUCA